CCAUGUUUGUGCCUCUUCACAGCGGCAGCCGGAGCCGCGGCGCGGUAGGCCCGGUCAAUGGCGGAGAGGGCGCGGGGAUGCCCGGUCCGUCGGCGCUGCACUGUGUUCCCGAGCACGUUCAGCCGAUGCGGCUGCUGCUUUCAUUACUUGCGGUGGCGCCGUCGCGAUCGGGCUUGUAUCGCGGGCUCUGGCGGCCACUGCUAUUUACGCUGGUGCUGGCCGGGACCGGUGCCCUGUCGUGGGCAGCUCUGCUCGACACCAGGUUCCCCAAGGCACUAAUUGUGGGCACUGCCGGGCUCUCACUUGCGUCUGUGGCCGGAUGGCUGAGCCUGGCACAUUACCUGGGCUCGGGUCACUCGCGGGCGUCUGCGGGCUUUCUCCUUUCGCUAGCUGAAGGGCGGAUGCGGCUGCGGCUGCGAUCGACGACGCGGGUGUAUGCUUUUGGAGCGCUGCUGGCGAGCGUGGUGCUCUCAGUCGGCUGGCUCGCUGUGUCGUGGAUGGCAGUCUCGGGCAUCGACAACAACGACGGAGUGGAUGACGAUCCGGACUCGAGCAUGCCGAUCUUCUACAUACUGUACGCUGUGGCGGUGCCUGUCAAUGUGACGGUGUUUGUGUUUGCGGUGGCGGUAGCGGCGCUGAUGGCGCACAUCUCGCGAGCGCAAGUGGCAGCGCUGGCGGUGAGCAUGGAGGACGGAACGCUGUCGAUGGAGCGGGUGGUGCGGAAGCAUGCGACAAUGGCACGGCUGGCGCGGCGGCUGUCGAGCCUGAUGCAGAGCUUUGUGGUUCCUGUCUUUAUCAUCUUUCCUCUCUCGAUCUCGUACCAGCUGUGGGACGCGGCCCGGGCUAGCGAACGCGCUGACAACGAGCUCAACGGCAAGUACUACCUGGUCAUCUACGCGCUCGCCCUCAUCCUUGUCGCCACUAUCUUUACCUCGAUCAACCGCAAGUUUUCCUCGCUCACCGACACAGCAGCCCAGCUCCAUCGGGUCGGCUCGCACUCGUUUACCGACAUCAACACACUGCUGGGCUACCUGGUCGCCUCCCGGCCGCCGUUCCUCAUCAUGGGUGCCGCACCGAGCCCGGCCAUCGUCCCGAUCCUUAUCCUCGCCUUCUUUGGCGUUGUCGGCACCCUCAUCCAUCAGGUAUCGCUGUAG